AUCGAGGAACUUUGACCCCAUUUCAAGCUGACGAUCUUAUGUGCUACACAUAUAAAUAUAGGCAACCGAUUCGUUGAUCGUUUAGUUUCAUUUUUUUAUUCAGCUUUAACGGUUCCUAUUCAAUGUUCAAGUAUUUUGUAGUUUGUCUAGCACUCUGUUCAUUGGCCGUUAGUGAACGGGAGCGAAAAAGUGGGAGUGAAAUCAACGCGGAUGUUAAAAAAUGCUUCAAAGAGCAUCCAUUGACUGCGGAGCAGACCGCUCAGAUAAAGCUGAUGGAGAUACCCGAUGUGCCUGAGGUGCGUCCAUUUCUGCUGUGCUUUUCCCUGGCGCUGGAUAUCUUCUCCAUCCCCGAGGGGUUUAAUGUCGAUCGCAUGCGCGAUCUGAUCCUCACGGAUCUGAGUGAUGACGAGAAACUGCAAAUUAUCCACAAAUGCGUGGAUCGUAACGAGCAGAAGAGCCCUGCUGGUGAGUGGGCAUUCCGUGUUCACAAGUGUCUUGUUACCAGCAAAAUUGGCGGUCGUGCUAAAGCCAAAAAGGCUAAGGCCUAAGACCCAAAUAAACUUGAAUGAAACAUUUUAA